UGGAAUUUGAACCCGCUCCACCCAUACUAAUCCCAAACACAUCACAUUGUCACUUAAACUACUUAAUAAGUUAUGUUUAUAAUAAGGUCCUUUUUCGUUUCACCAGUUCUGAGGAUCUAUUCGUGAACGGUGAAGUACAAAUGCUCUUCCAUGGAAAAAAUUCUGUAUCAAUUCGUUUUUUUGCACGAGCCACGCAAUUGACCUGCAACUGGUCUCAUAUAUCAAUUUGACAUUUUUGGUGUCUCAAAGUGUGUAUCAACUACUACAGGGCACCAGUGAUUCAGUUCAGCGAACAGGUGUGUGUCGUACCUGUACGUACGUACAUGUACAUGUACGUAAAUGUAUACAUGUGCGUGCGUGAUACGGGUGACUGAUUAUGUUGACGUCGGAUUCCCGAGAAGCGGUCGGUGUAGUGUCUGUUUUGUGCACUGUCUUGCCUUCAUGUAUCCUACUUCGCUACGGAUGACUUCCGGAAUUCUUGAGGUUAAAGCUGAAUGUUAGUGCAGCCACGUCUCAAAUAACAUCAUCACUUGUCAUGUAGCGACGUGCCAAAUUGCGUCCGUUUCGCACUGGGUCUUUUUACAAUAAUAUUUGGCUGUAUAAUUCCGUGAGAGACCACGGCGUUAAGCCUAAACGCCAAAUCUGAUCACCAAGGAUUCCGAGUGGAGGGGACGGAAAGAUUUCGGCUGCCGAGAUGUUGGAGAACGGUGGCUCGGAAAAUAAGGACACCGGUCCACGAAGAAAGGGAUGCGAUCCUCUAGCACAAACUGUCAGAGGCAAACUGCAGAACAGGAGGCAAAAGCUGAAUGGUCAGAUCAACAAGGAGAUGCGGAUGAGGGCUGGGGCUGAAAACCUCUUCAGGGCGGCCAGCAAUCGAAAGAUCAAGGAGCAGGUGGCCAUGGAGCUGAGCUUUGUCAACUCCAACCUGCAGCUGCUCAAAGAGGAGUUGGCGGAGAUCAACAGCGAGGUAGAGGCCUACCAGAAUGACACGCUGCUGCGGAGUGUGCCCCUCAUCCCACUGGGCCUGAAGGAGACCAAAGAGAUUGAUGUCAAGUUGGUGUUUCAGGAUUACAUUCUGGAGCAUUACAGCGAAGACGGUGCCGACUACGAACAGGAAAUUCAAGAAUUUAUGGAGCUGAGACAGGCCAUGCGAACUCCCAAGAGGACCAGUGAAGGGGUGGAUUUAUUGUUUGAAUACUACAACCAGCUUUACUUUGUAGAAAACAGGUUCUUCCCGCCAGACAGGCACACCAGCAUAUACCUGACAUGGUAUGAUGCCUUGACCGGCAUUCCCUCAGUCCAGAGGUCCAUCGCCUUUGAGAAGGGCAGCGUCCUCUUCAACAUCUGCUCCCUCUACACCCAGAUUGGUGCCCGGCAGGACCGCAGCACACCCGAGGGGAUCCAGGAGGCCAUUACCAACUUGCAGCUGGCCGCUGGCGGGUUCCGCUACCUGGCCGCCAACUUCAGCCACGCCCCCAGCAUGGACAUGAGCAAGCCGGUGCUGCUGAUGCUGGACGCACUUAUGAUGGGCCAAGUUCAGGAGUGCAUCUUUGAGAGGAGGGUUCUUGGAGGUGUGGCUGAAAAUGUCCAGACAAGUUUUGAAGUAGCACAGGAGGCUGCUGUUGUUUCAGAGGCUUACUCAAAGGUGCAUCAGCUCAUGAUGCAUCCUAAGGUGAAGGAUUACAUCCCCUAUUCCUGGAUCUCCAUGGUGCUGGUCAAAUCGCAACACUUCAAGGCGUCUUCACACUACUAUGCAGCUAUGGGCUACACAGAUAAAGAAUCCACCUACGACCAGGCCACGCUGGAGCAAGUCUUCCCCACCGUCUACGACGAACACCGGAGCCUGCAGGUGCCACGCUCGCAGCAGGAGCGGAAGCGGCUGAGCAAGGCCCACAUCCGGCAGGCUCUGAUGCUGCACGAGGAGGCACUGCGGGUGCACAACCUCUCCAAGAUGCUGCGGAAGAUUGACACACUGCAGGAGGUGCUCAGGCAGUCGCACGACCGCUCCAUGAGCUGCUACACGGAACUGGAUGAGGAGGACGACUUCUUCGAGAUGAUGGACGUCCCUGACAUCAAAGGUGAAACUGAGCUGGUUCUGGAGCCAACUGCAAUCGACUUCACAAGAGUAAAAGUCAAUGAUAUCUUCCAUAAACUCGGUCCGCUCGCUAUCUUUAAUGCCGGGAACAACUGGUCGGCACCACGCAUGGUGGACAUCCAGCGGGGAGCAGAGGGAUUUGGCUUCACGGUGCGAGGUGAUUCCCCAGUCAUCAUUGCGAGUGUGGACCGUGGCUAUGUGGCUUCGGCGAGUGGUGUAAAGGAAGGCGAUUUCAUUGUUGGGGUGAAUGGCCAGAUCGUCAAGUGGUCUAAGCAUGGUGAGGUGGUUAAGCAGAUCCUGAGCUCCCAGCGACUCCGCAUUGAGCUGGUAACCCCAUUGGGCAGCGAGAUCUUGCACCCCCAGGACAAACGUCGGCUCAACUCCAGCGACUCGGCUGGCUCCAGCCAGACGGAUAUGAACGGAUCGGUCAUAUCCGGGUCAUCCACCAAGGAUCGGCGCCAGCCGUCCCCCAAGAAGAGCGCCAGGGAUGUUCCGGACGGUUCCAGGAGCCUGGGGCGUGGCAAGAGCCCCAGCCGGACCAAGAGCCCCGGCCGGGCCAAAGGCCCUGAGACCGUCAACCACCUGGGCAGCAAGAGCCUUCCCCGGGGGGCUACUGUCAAUGGGAACGGCAGCACGGGGACAGGGAAGAAGAAAGAACGGGGUAACAAGGGAAAGGCUUCAUCCUCCCAGAAGGAAGGAGCCAAGAAAGCACGAGGGGUGUUGAACAGCAAAGCAGGUCUCUGGUAGUUGCUAGUAAAAAAAAAGUGGCAUAAAUUGCUUCUGUGACCCCUAAACAUGAUUCCCAGAGGCACUGAAGACCAGGAGAUCCCACAAAAAGCUAGACAAUUGGGUCACCUACUUUACCUCACAAGUUUACUUUUUUAGAUUAAAUAUCUAUGCAGAAUUUCCUUUUAACAAAGUUCUUUUUCUGUUUGAUAGCUACUAUUUUCACAGUUAAUGUUUUAAAGUGAUGGGAUUGAUGUUAAAGUCAAAUAUACUUAGUCCUAACUUAUACUUGCAGUUAAUUUGCCCCUGGAGUUUUUACAAUUAGAGACCUUUAACACUGAACAGAGAGAGCAAUUCCUCCUUAGUUGAUAUGAAUCACAUGUACUUCCAGUGUCUAUGUCUCUCAACCAAGAUGAGAGGACAUAUGUAAAACAUGAGAGGUUUACAUUUUUCUGCUACUGGAUGCGCGCUGCGCAUUCUUAGGAAAUAUUUGAAGGAGUGCCUCCUUGUUACAGAAGGGGGACAAGUCUGAGUUAAGGACCAAAAUGAAAUUACAACUCAUUCCAAUUUUGGGCACAAGUGUUUCUUAAAUUGUAAUUUGUUUUCUAAACUCUGCAAUCCAACUGCCCGGCAGAUUUUAGCGAGUUUUUAAAAUUACGUUUGUCUUUUUAUGUGAUAUUCAUUUUGUUGAACCUUGUUGGGAAGCAGGUUUGGGAUUAAUAAAAUCCUGAUGUGCUGUAAAAAUUAAGAGCAUAACUUCAACAAUCAAAAAAAGACAAUCCUAAGCCGCGCAUUUUCCAAAAGUUUUGAUGUUCUGGGCAAGCUAACUUUAAUAUCAGUUACUCCAUAUCUUGUUUGACAUUUCUUUCAAUGCAGUAGCUGCACGGUGCUGUUAUUUCACUUUCUUGUUUGGUGGAUAAUAAUGCCAAGUUGAAACAGUGGAAACAAUGCAUAUGAAAGGAUGAAUUUGUAUGAACCAAAAGGUUUAGUUUGAACUACUUACCAGGCUUUUUUUUUUCUGUACAGAUUGUGGCCUCCCUCCAUUUCUAAUUUGGUUUCUUCCCAAAUGCAGAGUUUUCCAGGCUCUCAAGCUUUUGUAUUUCUGUCCAAUUUUUUACUACCAUUUCAGUCUGAUUUUUUGGGAGGAAGGAUUUGACAUUUUCUGUACAUUGUAAGUUCUUCAGAGGCUGAGUUUUGGGUGGAAUCCGUGUAGAUAUGGUUCCAGGUACCGUUCGAUGAAAUUUAUAAAAAAAAAAGAAAUUUGGCUAAUAUAUGCUUGAGGAAGGUGAUGGUAUGAUAUGAUAAAAGCAGAGAAAGGGGGACAGUUUAUUUUCCGCAUAAAGGUAUGUCUAGUUAUGGAUUUCAUAAACGUAAACCCUUUGCUGACCAAACUCCUAAGUUAGACCAUUUGAUGUUGUUAGCUGGCUUAGAAUGGGUCAGAUAACUCUGUGGCUUUGUGGACACGUUUAAGUUCUGGUCACUUGUUGCCAUGGUCUUUAAAGGGUUACAGAAAGUUUUAAUAUUAGACUGCAAUGCACAUAGUUUUCAUUUGACAUUCCAGUACUGGGCAUCACCCCGUCCAAAUCCUUGGUAACAAAAGCUGCUUUAAUUAGCUUGUACAGUUGGCCUGGUUAGUUUUCUGUUUUCAUACAUGCCUUCUUGUGCAUUACUUCUUGGGAAUUACUCUGAAUCAAACUUGGUUAUUCCUAAAGUUCAAAUUUUUUUUUUUGGAAAGUUAAAGUAAUGAUAUUGCAAGCCAAAAUUCUCACCGUGAAAAUUUCCGAUUUUGAUUGAUGUAUUCAGAACUUCAAUUUUCAAUUGUUUUGGGCUGAUACUUUGGGCUGAACAGUAGAUUAGUCGUAAAGAAUUUUUUAAACAUGAAUUCAGUAUUAAACUUGUACAUAAGUUGGCACAAAUUUUAUAGGUUAUUUUUGACGCAAUUUUUUGUAACAAACAUUUUAGAGCAGAGAACAGUGAAAGCGUUCAUUGCCAGCAAAUUGCUGUUAAGAGUGUGGCAUUGAUGGCAUGUGUAAUUUGAAGCAUUAUUGUAAAGUGAUAAAAAUAUCCCUGAAAAUCUUAA